AUGUAUAAAAAAUCAUUAGUCCGUAUUGAAACAGAAAAUCGAAGUGAUCUAAGCAAUCCGGCUUUGAAUGAUAUUAUAGCAACAAAUCAUGUAGUAAUUUCAAAGAAUACACCUAAAGAACGAUUGUCACGCGCAUGUAAAGCUGCAGCAUUAAUGAUAACUCUUGGUCUUGUUGCUAUCGGCAUUGUUAUACUUACAGUGGCUGUUGCACACUCUCGUAAUACACUUAAUGGUAUUAUAUCACGAACUGCUGAAAAAGAUUUCUCAGUAAAAGCAAAUAAUAGUCGAACACUUUUCAAAAAUCAAGAAAAUUGGACAGCAAUAACGAAUGAACAAAAAGAAAAUGAGUAUUUACCAAAAAUAACUGUCAUUUUGACAAGUAAUAAUUUACAUAUGUUAUCAACUGAAAAUGUUCAUAUGUCAUCAUCGGGAAUGAGUACAAAACAAAAUGAAAAUACAUCUCCUGAUUCACCAACGACGAAAACUCAUCCACCAUUGAGUACAAUAGUUAAUGAAGAGUCAGCUAGUUCGACUACUGCUCAAACAACAAUAUCGAAUCGAGAAUCAACUAGUUCUACUACUAGCCAAACAACAGAAGUUAAUCAAGAAACAUCACUAGUACUUACUAGUCAACAAUUUACAAGUAUGAUGACGACAACGACGACGACGACGACGACAGAAAGCGAACCAACAACUAUAAUAGAAAGUCAAGAACAUAUGGAGACAUUGUCAAAUGCUACAACAAUCAUCAUUGUGGAAAGUAAUUCAACAUUAAAUGAAGAUACUACAACGGCAAUGUUUGAAGGCACGUCAUCUACUAUUUCUACGAAUGAUCAUUUUGAUAUUCAAUCUUCAGCAGCGACUGAUAACGACGAACAGAACAGACAAGAAUCGGCUAAAAAUAAAAAAGCCGAUGCGCCUGAAGAGGACAUUAACGCCUAUACUACAUCAUCAUAA